UAUGGCAGACUGAACGGCUUCUUUUCAGUGUCCCAAUUUCAUAAAUCUCAUAAACAAUCACCGUAAACAAUCCAUAACCCUUUCAAGCAUUUCAUCGAAUAUCAUAUUCGCAUCUGCAUACGCAAAAAUUAUCCUAUUAUAUAUUAUAAUUGACAAAAUCAUUUAAUUAACAACUACCUUUUAUAAAGUAAGUUGGAAUUUUCAGCUUUAAUUAAACCCAAUUUUAUUUAUAGUCAACGCAAAGCCUCAUGCCCUAGUGGCCCAGCCCCUGUGAUCCCGAUCUCAACCAUGGCAGCAGUAGCACCCACAGUUUCUCAGCUAUCGUGCUUCUCUUCAAUCAACCGCAACCUGCAGCUCUAUCGUCAAUCAUCUCCUCUUUCUACUAGAUCCAAGUUAUGGAUUGCUAUGAGCCUCGAAGGAGCGCGAGGUACCGAAAAUUCUAGUUCAGAGAUCAAAACUAGGCUUAGUUAUACAGCUGAUGAAUCGAAACCAUACGUGGAAGGGCCAGCAGAACCUCAUGGUUUAGAAGAAAAAGGAAUUACAGAUCCAGGAAAGGCAUAUGGCGCAGCAAAAAUCCACGACUUCUGUUUUGGGAUCCCUUAUGGUGGUCUUGUUCUAAGUGGGGGCCUUCUUGGUUUUGUAUUUUCUAGAAAUCCUACAACCCUAAGCACGGGUGUUUUAUUUGGAGGCGCUUUGCUAGCCCUUAGCAUCUUUAGCUUGAAGAUAUGGAGGCAAGGAAAGUCUAGUGUGCCAUUUGUGCUAGGACAAGCUGUACUCUCAGCAGCCCUUUUGUGGAAGAAUUUUCAAGCAUAUUCAUUGACAAAGAAAUUAAUUCCAACAGGGUUUUAUGCUGUCAUCAGUGCUGCAAUGCUGUGCUUCUAUUCUUAUGUGAUAAUCUCUGGAGGAAACCCACCACCAAAAAAUUUGCAUUCUUCAACUGUUAUAUCAUGAUAAGAAUUCAAAAAGGUCAGAUUACAAAUUUAAUGAUGGAAUUUUUAGAUUUGAGGAGAAUGAGGCUGCACUGUUUACUUCAAAGCUGUACGAGAUCUUCCAAAGUUAUCUAGUAUAUGUUUUUUCUUGUGUGAGUCAGUGUUGCUUUAGGUUGCAGUAUGUGUUUUUUCUUGGGGAAUGUUUUGGCAGCAAUAAUGUCACAAUUAGUGGUCUAUCGAGUUGGCUUGGAUUCGGGGUACAAUUACUUUUAAUUGGCACUCAAAUUAUGGAAUAAAACUCCUGAAGUAUAUUGUAAAAGAAACUAGGAAUACAAAUAUGGGGAAUCUAAAAUCCUCCUGAC